AUGUCUCGUGGGCCACAAUUCUUGGUUACACAAGAGGAUAUAGAUGAGGACUUGAUCGAGCUCGGCCGAAGUGCUCUGGCUGGAUACUUUAACUUCCCUCUGGAUGACUGGCAGCUUAAGGCGGGUGGAGCGAUUUGUCAGGGCUGCAACGUAAUUGUAUGCGCCCCGACUGGUGCAGGGAAAACCGUGGUAGGAGAAAUGGCGCUCCUACAUGCAUUCAACGGAGGUGACAAAGGAAUUUACACGACGCCGCUCAAAGCGCUCAGCAACCAAAAGUACUCCGAACUGUGUGGUACCUUUCCAAAGCAGGACACAGGUCUAUCGACAGGAGAUAUAUCAAUCAACAAAGGUGCUCGUAUCACAGUCAUGACGACCGAAGUAUAUCGCAACAUUGCCUGGCGCUCGUCCACACCGACGGCAACACUCAUGGGUACAAACGAACUUUUGGAGAAUACCGUAGUUGUACUGGACGAGUUCCAUUACAUGGGACAACCUGGGCGUGGAGGAGUCUGGGAGGAAUCCAUUAUUACUAGUCCCUCACAUACCCAAAUCGUAGGACUUUCGGCAACAUUGUCGAACGCUGCUGCAUUGGCGGCGUGGAUGGAACAUGUGACGGGACGUAGAACAAUCCUGGUCGAGGUUCCGGGACAAGAACGACCUGUGCCACUGCGAUAUCUGUUUGCUACUAAGGAAGCGCUUUAUCCCUUGUUUAGGGAUCCAGACGCAGGUCCCGGUGCGCCCAAGGGGCUACUGGGAUAUCGGGGAGACGGCGAUCUCCCGUCAAACCGUCAAUCAACCAAAAAAGCAAAAGGAUUUACUCAUAUUAUGGACGGUGAUGAUGUUGAUGACGAUGAAACAAAUAUUAAGAUACCACGUGGUCUGCAGAUAAAUCCCGCUCUUAAAGCUGCUGCAAACAAGCGAAUGCAGAAAGUGAAUCGUGCAAUUGAAAGGCAAAAAGUACGCCGUCAUUUGUCCCCACAAGAGGACGAAGAUGACUGGGGCGGCCGAAAGCGGAAUCAGUCGUCACGGAAAAUGUCCCCACGAGACGAGCGGAAAGAGCGCGAACGAUUGUUGAAAAAUGAAAUGCGCCGGUCCGUGCCGUCUUUACCUGCUAUUUUGAAUAGACUAAAGCAAAAGGAGCUCCUUCCGGCAAUAUUCUUCAUCUUCUCUAGAGCUGGUUGUGACGACGCUGCCAGACAAGUAUAUCAGUACAUGAAGGGUCCGCGAGACCCGAAUUGUCUAUUGCAAGACGAAAGGGAACAGCUUGGCAUCAAGGAAGAGCAAAGAUACGGAACCAAAAACGGGAAGUCACGUCAAAGAGCAGUUCAGAGACGAGGUGACCUCGUCGAGGAUUCCGACGGGCGGACAUUUCGAUCUAAAAGCAAUUUUAUCAGUGAACAGACCCUGAAUGCGUUGGAAAUGUCGACGCCACUGGCGGACGACGAAUUUGACGAAAGCUCACCGCUAUCACCCGAUAAUUGGGAUUUUUUUUCGAAAGCUGGGCUUUUAAGCUACGCCGAGGUUCGAGACGUUGCAUCCAGAGUGUCGCGCUUCAAUGCAGGCAAUCCCGAAAUUGCGUUUGAGGAUGAAGUGAUUGAGCAGUAUCUUUUCGGCGCUGGCUCUCACCAUGCUGGGAUGCUCCCAGCUCACAAAUCGUUUGUUGAGAUCUUAUACCGGAACCAACUAAUGAAAGUCGUGUUUGCAACUGAGACUCUUGCAGCUGGUAUUAACAUUGCGAUGAACCUCCUGGAAACAUCAAAUUUGCUUCAAAUGGCGGGUCGUGCGGGUCGUCGGGGAAUGGAUACAGAUGGAACUUGCGUAAUUGUUGCCACGCCUUUUGAAAAUCAUGAUGAGGCUUCCAGGAUCCUUAUUGAUCCAGUUAAACCAAUUUCAAGUCAAUUCAGCCCCUCGUAUUCUCUCGCGAUCAAUUUGAUUGCUCGAGGAGAAGGGAAGCUUGAUGUUGCGCGGCAAUUGGUCAGUAAAUCUUUCGCAAUGUGGGAAAAGCGUAAAGUCGAGCAGCACGUUGUAGAUGCUGUGGAAAAUCAUGGGGAUGAUGUAAGCCAGGCUCUCAAAGUGUCUGCGCAAGACCGAUUCAUGAAAACUUUGGUAGAUGCUCUUCAAUCACAGGUGGAUCAGAGAAGUGCUAAGUUUGAUGUAAACAGAGUGGAAUCUCUUCUGGGAAUCCUUACAGAUCGCGACUCAUUGAAAAAGACUUCAAAAUCUUUCGUCGGUGCUACCAAAAUGUUCGAGCUUGAGUAUACAACACUUUCGUAUUUACAGAAGGAAUACGACGCGCUCCGAGCUAGGGCUGAGAUCGAAGACAGUGACUUCCUCAGUGAAAUUAUUGCUGAAGAUACCAAGGACUUAAUUAAUCAGAUUGAGAAUCAAAGAAAGCGCGUCGAGACUACCGAAAAAGAAAUUGGGAAGCAUCCAUUCUCUAUCAUUACGGGUAUUGCAAAUCAAAUUAUGGAAGAUGCUGCUUUUCCUGAAUCAAUCGUAUUGAAUAAGGCACUUGGCAGUGCACGGGAGGGGCACAAACGGACCGAGUUGUCGUCAUUGACAGCUCAGGAAUUGUCUCAGUUUUCAAAGUCAGCCAUCAUAGUUACUCGUAAAAUGCGGAAAGUCAAAACGGCCAAUCCAGACGUUGAAGAUCUUUUUCAACAAGCUGAAGACCUAAGAAACGAUUCGUGGAAUGACAUGCUUUCCAUUACCAAGACGCUGGUCGCAUACGGCUGCUUAUCAAUUGAACAUACUUUAGAAGGGGGCGAGUCGUACGAAGACCAGCAGUACACGAUAUCUCCAGCCGGAAUCAACAUUGGUAUGCUCGGCUUCGAAAACUCAUUGUGGGCGCUGGUUGCCAUGGGUGGUGCUUGGGACGUUGUGGGUGCAUCGGCCAAACUCGACGAUUUCCGUACUGCCAUGGAAGAUUUUGACAAUGACGAAGACUGGUACCAAAAUCGAAAGGGUAACGAUGUUCUUAUUCCGCCAAAAGUUGUUUCAAUUCCUAUUUCGCAAAAGGAAGCCGAUACGCUUAAUGGCUUGCUCCGAGCCAUGGACCCCAGCGAAUUGGCUGGCUACGUGGCCAGCAUAGUGACAGACAACUCUCGUGGGAAUGGUGCACCGGUUGUUCAGCUCUUCCAAAAUUUAACCCCCCUUCAACAGCGCGUCAUUCAAAGUUCACUUGUCUCUAUGGAGCGCCUUGUAGAAGUGCAGAAACUUUAUGGUGUAGAUGAAAAGACACGAAGCUGCAUACUCGACAUUUCCAAUUGUGAAGUUGUCACAGCUUGGGCCUCUGGUUGUUCCUGGCAAGAAGCUCUGGAGAUUUCGGGGUCGCCACCAGGAGAUUUGGCCCGUACUCUUUCACGCGUAUUGGAUGCAGUCCGACAACUAGGGAACAUGCCGUACAGCCCCAUUCGGAAACAGGAACUGUUGGAUGGUCCUGUCGUCUGGGACGUUUCGCGGGGAUUGCAUCCCGAAAUUCGGCGGCUAUGUCGAGACGCUGCUCGUUUGAUCAACAGGUACCCAGUCAAGGACCCCUUACAAUUUGAAGAAUUGGAUGACGAAGAUGUCGAGAUAUUGGACGAGAUAGAGCAAUUUUUCGAGGAAGAUGAGAUUGAGUCAGAGGCUUAG